AUGGUUGCCAUUGUGCUUCUAAUUCUGGGAGUUCUGGCAUCUCAGAUCCCCGGCGUGCCAGCAUCCGCCCAUAAACAUGGUCGUAAUGCUCACCACCGUCCUCCGCCCUCCCCGGCAACACCCACUGCUGCGUCCACGGAGACAGCAGCCGCAGCAGCUCAGCUAGAUCGUCUGUCACAGGUUGCUCUUCAAAACGCAAUUGAGAAAUUUGAGGAAGAGCUGAUAAGCCCAGAUGGCUGCAAUGCGCUAAAUCUGCGAGUGCGGCGUGACUGGAGGGACUUCUCUUACCGGGAUAAGAGGGAGUAUAUCGAUUCCGUGCUCUGUUUACAAAGGCUGCCGGCGCGGACUCCGUCGAAGCUGGCUCCGGGGGCGAAGACUCGCUUCGAUGACUUUGUGGUAACCCACAUCAACAAGACUAUGGAAAUCCAUUACACUGGUACAUUCUUGGCCUGGCACCGAUAUUUCGUCCAUGGAUUUGAAACCGCUCUUCGCGAUGAAUGCGGUUAUACUGGCGACUAUCCGUAUUGGGACUGGGGCGCUGAUACUCACGACAUGUCCAAGUCGCCCGUCUUCGAUGGAAGCGAGACGUCCAUGUCUGGCAACGGCGUCCACAUCCGCGACGCGAAAGAUAUCCAACUGAAAAUGGGUAACAUCGCUCCCAUAUCUCUGCCAGCUGGCACGGGGGGAGGAUGCGUCCAUAAUGGACCAUUCAAGGACUACACGGUAAACCUGGGCCCGGGGCCUCUGGAGCUAUGUGGUGGAAACGUGAGCAAAGUAGCUCACCCGAUGGACUACAACCCACGCUGUUUCAGGCGCGACCUGACCACGGAGAUCCUGCAACAAUACGCCAAUUACACGUCCAUCGUGUCACUGAUCAUCAAUAACAACAACAUCUGGGACUUUCAAAUGGCCAUGCAAGGAAUACCAGGCAGUGGAACCAUCGGCGUCCAUGGGGGCGGCCACUAUGCGAUGGGCGGUGAUCCCGGCCGCGACGUCUUCAUGAGCCCCGGUGACCCGGCCUUCUGGCUUCAUCACGGCAUGAUCGACCGCGUGUGGUGGAUCUGGCAGAACCUGGACUUGGAGACGCGUCAGAAUGCUAUCGCGGGUACUGGCACAUUUUUAAAUCAGCCGCCUUCGCCGAACACCACCCUUGCCACUGUGAUUGACCUGGGUUGGGCGAACCUUGGACCUAUUGCUAUGAAGGAUCUUAUGAGUGCCAGUGAUGGGCCUUUCUGCUAUGUGUAUAGAUGA